AUGAUGUUCAUUUCUUAGUUGAAUGCUGAUUCGAACAUGCUCAAAAGGAGACAAGCUCGUCGUAAAAGAAAUCCAAGAAAUGCUUUGGUAUAUUUUAAAGUUGAUAAAACAACUUCCAUAGUACCAACAGCCAAGGUUGUUCAGACAUCCGACUUAUUAAAAAUCGGUCAAGAAGUAACGGUAAAUUGGACAACUCAGCAGCAGUUUACUGGGGUAAUUAAGUUUCUAUCAGAUUCAAAUGCCGAGCUGUUGAAGAAUCAGAAAGAACUAGUGUUGGGCGACGACAAGCCAUAUGAUUCUUCGGAGGCUGUAGACGAUUCUACUAAAUCAGCUUCAGUAAAUUCACUGCCGAACACAAUACUGGCCCUGGGCCUCUCCAGAAACAGAAUUCGCUAGCUCUUCCUCCGGACUCGCCAGCUGUGUCAUCGGAAUCACCACCUCCAUCACCGGAACUGCCUCCGCAACUAGAACCGCUACAUUCAUCACCAGAAUUGCCACCGCCACCGGAAUCGCUACCUCCAUCACCGAACUCGCCACUGGACUCAUCAUCAUCAUCAACAGCGUCAUCAACGCUAUCUCGCUCAACCACACAGCCGCACCCGAAUGUGCAACACCAGCCGCCCACUCUUCAAACUCACCUUACAAAUUCACACCCACUUGAUUGGUACCGCCCAGCACUAAAUUCUGAGUUACUGGACAAUCCCUGGACAUCCAACAAUGCUCACAUUUAUCGUCCCUUUCCCAUAACCCCUACCUCGCCACCAUGGUUGUCUCGUCCACGAAUGCGAACACCAAAAGACAACAUUAUGCGGCUACCAAAGCCAAACGCACCAACCAACAAAUUCAGCACAUCAGAUCGCGUGUCGAUAGGUAUGACAAACGAAAUAACCAUGACCGCCAAUGAAUACAAGGAGGUGUUUAAGGUUUCGUCUUCCGCCAUUUCCUUAACGCUUAAUUUAAUGACGAGUUUGCUAACUAUAGAGGAAAUGGCGGAGAGUAAUUUGAAUGGCGGUACCUUCUACUCCAAGGGUACGCCAACGAUAUUUAAACGAUUGAACGAACAAAUCAUGAAUGCUAUUCGUGACCAAGUUAAUAUUGAAUUCCCACAUUUAGCAUUGAUAAGUGGUUCAGAGCCAAUAAUCCGUGGUGCCAUAAAUGCUAAAUGCAGACACCACCGCCUUAGACUUGGAAAGCAAUAAAGUAGAUUACCAUGCAUUAUAUUAAAGCAUAAAGUAAGGCUUCUGAAUAAAGUACUGUAACUAUUAUUCCUUGUAAAACUAGUAUUUUUAUGUUAUUGUUUACGGUAUUAUAUCUUGUAUUUAAUAUUUCUAUAUUUGUAUCUUUUCUAGUGGGAUAAAGUUGUAAACUAUAGUAAUAAUGUUUUUCAUUGAUGCAUAGGCCUAUGCGUAUGGAGUAGUGUAUAUUUUUUGUCAUUUAUGAUUUCUAAUAAAAUGUUCUGAUACGAA